AUGGGUGUGCCUGGAAAUGAUGGAUUCAUGAUUUCCAAGUCAACGAGUCAAAUAGAAGGUGGCCACGACCAGUUGCUAAAGGAAGCAGAAUUGGCAACUGCAGCCGAAGAAAAAGAGACUCAUUCAUUUGAAAUUGAGCCUGCUCAGGUUGAAAAUGUGAAGCAGCGUUGCUUGCCAAAUGCUUUAAACUAUCCCAUGUUGGAGGAGUAUGACUUCAGAAAUGAUACCGUCAAUCCUGACCUUGACAUGGAGUUGAAGCCUCAAGCACAGCUACGUCCUUAUCAAGAGAAGAGUCUUAGUAAGAUGUUUGGGAAUGGUAGAGCAAGAUCUGGUAUUAUUGUAUUGCCAUGUGGUGCGGGAAAGUCUUUAGUGGGUGUUUCUGCCGCCAGCCGGAUACGGAAAAGCUGUCUUUGUCUAGCAACAAAUGCUGUGUCUGUGGAUCAAUGGGCUUUUCAGUUUAAAUUGUGGUCAACCAUUGAAGAUGAUAAAAUUUGUCGUUUCACCUCUGAUAGCAAAGAAAGAUUCCGUGGCAAUGCUGGGGUUGUGGUGACCACCUAUAACAUGGUUGCUUUUGGUGGUAAACGUUCGGAAGGAUCUGAAAAGAUUAUUGAAGAAAUAAGAAAUAGAGAAUGGGGAUUGCUUCUCAUGGAUGAGGUGCAUGUGGUUCCUGCUCACAUGUUUCGAAAAGUCAUCAGCAUUACUAAAUCUCAUUGCAAACUUGGACUUACAGCAACACUUGUGAGAGAGGACGAAAGGAUAACAGAUUUGAACUUCCUCAUUGGUCCCAAGUUGUAUGAGGCAAAUUGGUUAGAUUUGGUGAAAGGAGGAUUUAUUGCAAAUGUUCAGUGUGCUGAAGUGUGGUGUCCUAUGACAAAGGAGUUCUUUGCCGAAUAUCUUAAGAAAGAAAAUUCUAGGAAGAGGCAGGCACUCUAUGUGAUGAACCCUAACAAAUUUCGGGCUUGCGAGUUUCUUAUACGGUUUCAUGAACAACAGCGUGGUGAUAAGAUAAUUGUUUUUGCUGACAAUCUCUUUGCACUGACAGAGUAUGCAAUGAAGCUUCGGAAACCUAUGAUCUAUGGUGCUACCAGCCACGUUGAAAGGACAAAAAUUCUUGAGGCCUUCAAAACUAGUCGGGAAGUGAACACUGUUUUCCUCUCAAAGGUGGGUGAUAAUUCCAUUGAUAUUCCUGAGGCAAAUGUGAUAAUUCAAAUUUCAUCACAUGCGGGAUCAAGGCGUCAAGAAGCCCAACGACUUGGACGUAUUCUCAGGGCAAAGGGUCGACCUCAGGAUAGGAUGGCUGGUGGUAAAGAGGAGUUCAAUGCAUUUUUCUACUCCCUUGUGUCUACAGAUACUCAGGAAAUGUACUACUCAACUAAAAGGCAACAGUUUUUAAUUGAUCAAGGUUAUAGCUUUAAGGUAAAACUUUCUAUUGCGUCGCUGAAUUUAGUCUGUGUACAUGCUUACCAGUUUCCUGGGUUGUGCCUGUGAGGACAUCCUGUAUUGGCUAUAUCUUUAUGGACCAUGGUGGUUUUGCGACUGUGAAAUGUGGAUUGCAAUUUCUAGAGAAUCAGCGGUGAAUCGAUGCAAAUGCAUGGAAAAGAAUAAUUUCUUUUAAAAACAGAAUAAGCAAUUAGGUUACAACUUAAGUUUUUUGUCGAAAAAAUUAUAUUUGUUUGCCACGCCAAAUCAAAAAAUGUGGAUUCAUGGCUAGACAAAGCAUAUAAGGCAUUAAGCAAGAUGUGUUUACCCGAGUGGUUAAGAAACAAGCCACCCCCGCACCCCCGCAUAUGAAUUUGUACAGAUUAAGAAUGGCACUAACCAACACAACCCAACCCAAGAUUCCAAACUAGUAAUUAUUAAAAUUGUUCCUUUUCGUGAAAAAGGAUUUAAUUUAACUGUAACUAACUAACACCGCAUGGUUUGCCUACAACGGCAUGGUUAGUUGCCGACCGACUCUUGACGUCUUAACCAUAACAGUCAUGGCGCAAUAAACACCUACAGAAGAAAUAUGUGCUUCAAUUACCUGGGAACACUUCAGCAUCCUUACAUACCCAAUAUCCAAAGUAAUCAACUGGACAUCUAAGACAACUUUAGUGAGGAAGAAUGAUAUUUUAUUAUUACUGUACAGAGGGAUAGUUCCUUGGAGGAAUCUCUAUCUUACCCAUUGUUAAGAGUAUUAGGGUAGUAUGUGUAAGUUAUUAACAGUGUUAGGGUAUU